AUGAGUGGAUACACAGUUGUCAUUGUACUAGUUGUUGUUGUUGGUCUUUCAGCGUUGGCAUGGUUUUUUGCACCACAAGAAAACAGAACUGUCUUUAGAUCAUCGGUAAUAUUGGGCUUAGCUAUGUGUUAUCUCAUGUGGGCAAUUACUUAUUUGGCACAAUUACACCCGUUGGAAGCACCAAGGAGGUCAGAUUUGAGACCAGAGCAUCUGAAAUGA